AGCGGAUCAGAGAGAGAGAGAGAGAGAGAGAGAGCAAGAGAGUGGACUGGAGGAUCUCCAGGUGGAAUGUGAAGAAAGAACCGGGCUCUACCAGGACUGAGCUCACUGGACUCUGAAGUUGGUCUGGAUCUGUGUUUUAACUGUAUAAAUAUGGUCCUUCUGUGGACUGUGUGUGUCUGUCUGUGUGUUUUUGCACCUUCUCUUGCCAUGCCGGUGUCCAGACGUCACAACCCAAGCCGCAGUAAAGUGCUUCUGGUCUCCUUUGAUGGGUUCAGGUGGGACUACGACAGGGAUGUGGACACUCCUCACCUGGACGCGAUGGCACGAGAUGGAGUGAAAGCCCCAUAUGUUACACCAGCCUUCUUCACCAUGACCAGUCCCACUCACUUUACUAUUCUAACUGGUAAAUACAUUGAAAACCACGGGGUGAUCCACAACAUGUGGUUCAACACCAUCACAUCUGAAAAGAAACCAUACUAUCAGACUCAGUUUGUGAACGACUGGUGGGAUAAUGGCACUGUACCCAUCUGGAUCAGUGCUCAGAGACAGGGUCUUACAACUGGCUCCCUUCACUUUCCUGGCACUGCCUCCACCUACCAGGGAGAGAGUGCUGAAGUAAGUGAGGUGGAACCACGGUUCUAUAACUACAGCAAUGAAACAGCUUGGCGUAAUAAUGUGGACAAAGUAAUGGGCGACUGGUUUCGAGAGAAAGACCUGGACUUUGUGUCCCUGUACUUUGGUGAGCCUGACAGCACAGGUCACAAGUAUGGACCGGACUCUCCACAGCGCAGAGAGAUGGUCAAACAGGUGGACCGCACUGUCGGCUACCUGCGCAGUUCAGCCGAACGCAACGGCCUUACCAACCACCUCAACAUCAUCAUCACUGCCGACCAUGGCAUGACCACAAUCUUCCGAAAUGGGCUUGUAGAGGAGAUCACCCUGUCCAAAAUUAAAGGAUUCUCAUUCCAGGACUUGGUCUUCCACCUGGUGGAUUACGGACCCACAGGCAUGCUCUUGCCCAAGGAAGGGAGGCUGGAGAAGGUUUAUAAUGCCCUGAAGGGAGCUCACCCACACCUCCAUGUGUACAAAAAAGAGGAAAUGCCAUCCAGGCUGCAUUUCAAAAAUAAUGAUCGCAUAUUACCCAUCAUUCUCUGGUCUGACCCUGGAUACGUCAUUAAUGGGUAUUUUCCAGUACAGGUAAAUAAGGGGGAGCAUGGCUUUGACAAUGAGAAUAUGGACAUGAAACCGUUCUUCCGGGCAGUGGGGCCGGCCUUUCGGAAGAACCUGGAGGUGGAGCCAUUUGAGACAGUGAACAUCUAUCCGCUAAUGUGCCACCUGCUGGACAUCACACCUGAACCUAAUGAUGGUCACCUGGAUGCCACACGGGCCAUGCUGAUCUCUUCUGUACCAGAGGACAAAAACUCUGUACGUGAUGUUCACACUGGUGUAUUCAUUGGGCUGGCGGCAGUGGCUGGGGUUAUAUUCAGCACAUUUGUUUUCAUCUUCAUUAGCAACGUCAUCAAACGCCGAAGGAGCGAACAGAGAAAUGACAACAAGGGGAAGACUGAAGAAUGUCAGACAAAGGAAGCUUCCUUUUAAACUGCUAUUGGCUUUGUGGACUGGUCAAAGCUUUAGAAUAUAAACACAAACAAACAAACAAACAAUCAGAAAGAUGCUGUAUAAUAAUUGUGUGUUUUUUAUGAGCUGUCCCCAUUUUCCGAAAAACGCACAUUACCUUCAUUAUUAAUAUACAAUAACAUUGUAUAACAGCAUAAAACAAUUUUGCAAAAAUGGUGAAGGUAAGUUAAAUGGAGUUCCUCAGUAUUGUGAAUUGCACAACUAACCUUUGCCAUUCUUGAGGCAAAGGUCCCCCAGAAUAUGAUCAGAAUAAGCCCUUGAAUCAGCCAACAUUAAGAGAACAGGGGUUGGUUUCACAAAAGUUUCUUAACACUAAGAACUUCAUUAACUGGUACUUAAGUUUGGUCGUUAAUUUAAGAUUAACGAGUAACCCGACUCAGUCCUUAUUCUUAACGUUCUACUCAAAGGGAACU